AUGACACUUCAGGAGCUCUCUUUGGAGCUGCUUGAGACCGUCGCCGAAUUCUGCGGCGACAUCGCCAGCGUUGCACCGGACGAACAAACCAGCACAUUCACAAAUGCCAUCGUCAACCCAUACCUCGAUUCAGCCACGUCCAACACCUCAAGCUGGGUACCCUUAAUCGAUUCUACACCGAUCAACCUCCACACCAUGGAAGACCAGCUCCUCACCGCAACCGUCCAACUAUGCCCGAAUCUUGCAGCCACUCGAAUCUCCUUCGGCUCACCGCAACGCUAUCCACCGCAGGAAGCAAGGCAACCAAUCCAGGAACCUUCAGUCUACGUCAGCCUAGCCGAGGAUCACAGCUCAAAGCUGACAUCUCUCAGUCUUGACUUCGGUGCCCUUCUGUGGCAAACAAAUCUCCAGGAUUACGUACCCGGAUACCCAGCCGGUUUACCCCCCUCCGUCGAACGUCUCACAUUGGUUGGCAACGAGCUGGAACCGCUUCAGAGUCCGUACUUCGACCUGAAGAUCCUUACCAACUGGCUAAACACCAAUAACUGCCUGCGUGAGCUUCGUAUGGUGUACGGUUUUGACAAGCUCGUUACAUAUAGGUGGUUCGUCUAUUGCCCUGUCCAUCCCGCUCCUCAAUGGCCCAACUAG